AUGAUUAUUUACAAAGAUAUUUUCUCCAACGAUGAAUUAUUAUCCGACGCUUACGAUGUCAAGGAAGUCGAUGGUGUCAUCUACGAAGCUGACUGUGCUAUGAUCAAGGUCGGUGGUGACAACAUUGAUAUUGGUGCUAACCCAUCUGCUGAAGAUGGUGGUGAAGACUUAGAAGACGGUGCUGAAAUUGUCAACAACGUUGUCAACUCUUUCAGAUUACAACCAACCGCUUUCGACAAGAAAUCUUUCUUGACUUACAUCAAAGGUUACAUGAAGGCUGUCAAGGGUAAAUUGCAAGAAACCAACCCAGAUCAAGUCUCUGCUUUCGAAAAGGGUGCUCAAACCUACGUCAAGAAGGUUAUUGGUUCUUUCAAGGACUGGGAAUUCUACACUGGUGAAUCCAUGGACCCAGAUGCUAUGGUCGUCAUGUUGAACUACCGUGAAGAUGGUACUACUCCAUUCGUUGCCAUCUGGAAACACGGUAUUGUUGAAGAAAAGAUCUAA